CACACAAUUAGAUAUAAUACUGUGUCGCAGUAAAGUCCGGUACAAUUUUGUUAUAUCAUAGUAAACAUACAUUUAUCAAUGCUUGAAUAAAACAUAACGCGUAAUAUUUACGACCAGCUUUUAACAUAAUACGGAGUGUGAUAUCUUAAGUUUAUAUGUAAGGAUCAGGAAUAUUUAAACGUCCAAAAAUGAAGAUUUUGGUUGUGAUGUUUCUUGUGUCAUCUCACUGGUGUACCAGCGUUUCAGCAUUACCAAAAUAUUAUAUGGAUGAACAAUGUGGUGGCAGUUUAGACUUGACUGACAUGGGAUCUAUCCGGCUCAAAUUGACAUCAGAUCAUGUUUUUCAACCAAGCAUGGACUGUACUUUACUAAUAACCACAUCGAAAUACAAUGAGCAGUUUAUGCUUUUCUUCAGGAAAUUUGACGUAGAAGAUGGUCCUGAUUGCCAAUCAAAUUGGUUACAGGUGCACGAUGGAUUCAGUGUUAAUUCUUCAUAUGUAGCAGGUUUAAAUGGUAAUCUCUGUGGGACGUCAAUAGGCAAUGCAGUAUGGGUAACGAACGGAUCAAAUCUUUUCCUGUAUUUCAAGAGCGGAACUCAAUACCAGAGCAGGGGCUUUGACAUGGUGAUUACACAGUUUCAUACAGGAAUGUGUAACACAAGUGAGUAUUCUUGUGGAAAUGGACGUUGCGUCUGGGAUGGGUUGGUCUGUAAUGGAUACAACCCAUGUGGAGAUGAGUCUGACUGUAUUGGUGUCCUCGCUGCUGCAGUAAUCAUUGGCAUUGUAUUUGGCUCACUCAUUUGUUGUAUUGGAAUGACAUGCUUGACAAUCUUUUGCUGUGCACGACGCCGACGACGCUCUAAGGUAAGAAGACCCCUUUUUUAUUAUAUCUUUUUAUUUCAUAUAAAUUUAUUGAAAACCUUUUGA